AUGGAGGUACCAUACAUAAAUUGGAUGAGGAGUAUCAGUGUUUAUGAAAGCCCCUCGCACAUCUACCUCGUUGGUUCUGAUGUUGGGGAACGCCAUUUCCGAAUUCUCAAGAUCGCUCGUGCUCCUGUUCCCUUAAAGGAAGAUCACUUGUGGCUUGAUAAAGAGUGUAGUGCUUCUGAAGCAACUGUUGAAGCAGAAAGUUUAGUUGAUCGAAUAUGGCGUCUGAAUAUAAUUGAGGAUCCUCAUAUUUAUUCCAAAUCAGAAUUAGCACGAUUGCUGCAUGUUAUCCAGGCAACUAGUCGGCAUUUCCAUUCACAAACUAGUUCUCAUGGUAACGACAAGUUGGAGCCAUCAAAAUCUCCUAAAUGGUCACUUUUUUCAAAGCGUCGGCCUCAGGAACAUUUGCCCAAAAUCGACGAAACUUCAUCUAUUUCGAAUUUAAAUAUAUCUAACAAUAUGCUUUCUAAUCCAAAGGAUUUACAGCAAGCUGCAGCUUCUGCUCUGUUCACUGGCAGCAGUAAACGUUCUCUAGUUUUAGUUACAAAAUGCUAUGGGGUCGUUGGAGUUGUACGAUUUCUACGUGGUUAUUACCUUAUCUUAAUUACUAAAUACUCAGUGGUUGCACAAUUAGGUGAACAUCAAAUCUGUAAGGUUGAAGAUACUGCUAUACUUUAUAUUCCUGGCAAUGAUUUUGUUGAUGAACGUGAACUUGCAAAUAAUGGUUCCAGAAGUCAUUAUUCUUCAAUGUCUUCUUUAAAUAGUACAGUUUCACAAGAUCUCGAUAACGAUUCUUGCUCUAAUGAAGAUGAACAACAAACAGGAUUAUUUCAUCUUAUUAAAAGUUCUAUAGGACGUAAGAAACUCUCCAGUGAUGAAAUGCGAUAUUUAAAGCUAUUUAGCAGUGUAGAUUUAGCUAGCAACUUUUACUUUAGUUAUACCUAUGAUUUAUCUCAUAGUUUACAAUAUAAUAUGGAGCCUUUAUUUAAGUCUGAUUGUCAAGAAUAUAUCCAUCUGCUAACAUCAAAAUACAUACCCAAUGAUAAGUAUGUUUGGAAUUGGAGAUUAAUUCCACCGAGAUUUCGACCAGGGUAUAACCGUAAUGGCUCUCGUCUCAUUAGUGAUCAGCCUGAAUGGUUCACUUUGUUAUUUCAUGGUAGUAUUAGUCAAAUAGCCUUAUCUGCUUGCCGAAUGCCAAUGAUGGUUACUCUUAUUGCUCGUAGAUCAAGACAUUUCGCUGGUCGGCGAUUUUUGAAACGUGGUGUUAAUCUGGUUGGUGAUGUUGCAAAUGAAGUGGAAACAGAACAAAUAGUACAUGAUAGCUCAUAUUCAUUUCUUCGUCAUGGACGCGUUUCAUCAUAUGUACAAAUGCGUGGUUCUGUACCGUUAUUCUGGUCACAGGAGUCUUCUAAAGUUGUUGUUGGCAGACCGCCUUUAGAAAUUUUACGUGAUGAUCCAUUCUAUGAAUCGAUGGGUUUACAUUUUUCUAGUUUACUUAAACGUCAUGGAUCUCCAGUUAUUGUGCUUAAUUUAAUGAAAAAACGAGAGAAAAGACAAUUUGAAACAAUUUUAUCUGAUAGAUUUGAACGUGGAAUUACCUAUUUAAGUCAAUUUUUACCUUCUAGAAUUCUCCAACCAUCUGAUUCAUUAAAUACACUUUUUAUCGAAACAAUUGAUAGUAGUCCACCUAUUAUGUACAUUGGAUUUGAUAUCGCUCGUGUACAAAAAAUGAAACGUACUGUUGUUUUAAAUAAAUUACAACCUAUUAUAGACAAUUGUGUACGUCGUACUGGAAUAUAUUUCUCAUCAUCUGCUUCUUUACCUAUCUCAGAAAUUCAAUUUGAAAAACAUAGAACAAUUGGUUUCAACUCUAAGCAAUGUGGAAUAAUCCGAGUAAAUUGUGUGGACUGUUUAGAUCGAACUAACACUGCACAGUUUGUUAUCGGUCGAGUUGUUUUAGCUUAUCAAUUGUAUGGAUUAGGCUUUUUAGCUGAGCCAGAUUUUAUGGAUAACUCACAAAUCGAUCGAUUACUACAGGAUUUAUAUGAUGAACAUGGAGAUACACUGGCCUUACAAUAUGGCGGUAGUCAAUUAGUGCACAAUAUAAAUACUUAUCGUAAAGUAAAAAAGCUCUCUAGUCACUCGCGUGAUUUUGUUCAAACACUGUCACGAUAUUAUUCUAAUAAAUUUUCUGAUUGGGAAAAACAGUGUGCAAUAAGUUUAUUUUUACGCAUUUAUCGUCCUAAUUUAUGGUCUGGUACACUAUAUGAUUUCAUAAAAAAUCAUCUAAUUCCAAGGUAUUUAAUAGAUGAGACUGAUACAUUCAAAUCAGACAUACCAACUCUCUUUCAUUCAGACACAGAUCAAAUUCUAGCCAGUGUCGCUGCUUCACUGUCUGGUUGUAUCUGGGAUAUGUGUAGUGAUGCUUAUUUACAUUGGUUGGACGCUUGGGCACGUUUACCAACAAGUCGCUUUUCACUAACUGAUUGGUGCUCUCGUGAUCUCUUACAAUGUUUACCCAGAGCAAUGGAUAUAACACAAAAGUCAGUUCUUUAUAAUGAUCGAUGCCUUGUGUUACCGUCAAAUGAUAUCAGAGUUGAUUGGUUCAAUGAAUUUUAUGAUUUAACAUCUUAUGUCGAUUUGGAUCGUUUCUCAAAUCCCCAUAUCCGGUCAACUGAACUUGUUGUUGAACAUCAUUUAGGCGAUUAUAUGAUUCCGAAGUCAUAUCCAAAUUUAAAGACCAAUGAACAAUUACAUUCGCAACAUAGCAACAAUAAUAAUAUAAAAUACACGUCUGUUCCUGAAAAAGAUCAACUUACUAACUGUAGUUAUCCUACAUUAUCAAAUAUUUACAUGGAUUUAGGUCGUUCAAUAUGUGCCGCGCAUUCAUUUCCUAAUUUUACUGAUAUACCACAUUUCGAUUGGUCUACUAAACAAAAUAAUCUUUCGUCUAAAUAUUACAAAGAUGGCAACAAUUCAAAUGAAGCAUUGAAUCCUUCAAUUAGUAAUGUUGAAUUAAACAAAACAAAAAAGUUUAAAAAAGUAAAAGACAAAUGUCCAGUAAAUAAUAAUUUCGAUGAUGAAAAAGACAAAAAACAACAAGAAAAAUCUGCUGUUGUUGCUGAGGAUGACGGUGAUAAUGGUGAAGACAAAUCUAGUUCAGAUAGCGAUUAUGAGGAGUCGAUAGAUAAUUGUAUUAAUUUCUUUCCGCCCGAUUUGAAUCUAUUUCAAUUGCUUCUUGAUCCAGACUUAUCAGUAAUACAAUCUAAACGUCUACCUGACAAAUAUUUUGAUAAUAAAGGAUAUUCUGUAAGUUACCCGUAUACUUCAAAUUCUACAAAACGUCAAAAGCGAAAACAAACAAUAGUUGGCCAACUUGGUAAAUCCAAAGAAGAUCCUGAAUCCACCUAUUCAAAUUGUGUGUCGUUAUCUGAGAUCGUGUUAAAUUUACCAAAUAAACAUGUCUAUGAAGAUUAUCUUCGUACAGAUUUUAUUAAACAUCCAAUUCAAAUUGAUAAUUAUUAUAUAAAUAAAUUUGCUAGUCUCAAUACUUUAUCAUCAUCGUCUUCGUUGCCUAUAGAUAAAACUUCAAUUGAUAUUUAUAAUAAUUAUGUUCAAAUGAAUAAUAUUGGCUUGUGUAAUAUAUCCAAAAACAGUAUGAAUAUCUAUAAGGCAACAGCUUAUCUGACAUCACAGUUAUUAUAUUAA